CCACUGAGACUUGGGUUCAUUCCUGGCUUUGAUGCCUCUGUCAAGCUCAAGUGAUAAAAAAGUAGGCAAAGGAAGAAUCCAUCAUGGGAAGUCAGUCAUGGCUUGCUAGGAUUUUGCCACCUAUUCCUGACAGGGAAAAGGACCUGGAGGCCAAGUUUAUCAUUCAAAUGGAGAAAAGCAAAACGACAAUCACAAACUUAAAGAUCCCAGAAGGAGGAACUGGGGACUCAGGCAGGGAACGGACCAAGACCUUCACCUAUGACUUCUCUUUUUACUCUGCUGACACAAAAAGUCCAGAUUAUGUUUCACAAGAAAUGGUUUUCAAAACUCUGGGCACAGAUGUUGUGAAAUCCGCAUUUGAAGGUUAUAAUGCUUGUGUCUUUGCAUAUGGGCAAACUGGAUCUGGGAAGUCGUACACUAUGAUGGGGAAUUCUGGCGAUUCGGGAUUAAUACCUCGGAUCUGUGAAGCACUCUUCAGUCGAAUCAAUGAGACCACUAGAUGGGAUGAAGCCUCUUUCAGGACAGAAGUCAGCUACUUAGAAAUUUAUAAUGAACGUGUGAGAGACCUGCUCAGGCGGAAGUCAUCUAAGACCUUCAAUUUAAGAGUCCGUGAGCACCCCAAAGAAGGACCUUAUGUUGAAGAUUUGUCUAAGCAUUUAGUGCAGAACUACAGUGAUGUGGAAGAACUUAUGGACGCAGGGAAUAUCAACCGUACCACAGCAGCGACGGGGAUGAACGAUGUCAGUAGCAGGUCUCAUGCCAUCUUUACCAUCAAGUUCACUCAGGCAAAAUUCGACGCUGAAAUGCCAUGUGAAACUGUGAGCAAGAUCCACCUCGUCGAUCUUGCUGGAAGUGAGCGUGCAGAUGCCACCGGUGCCACCGGGGUCAGACUCAAGGAAGGGGGCAAUAUAAACAAGUCCCUUGUCACUCUGGGAAAUGUCAUUUCUGCCUUAGCUGAUUUAUCUCAGGAUGCAUCCAACCCUCUUGUGAAGAAGAAGCAAGUUUUUGUGCCUUACAGGGAUUCAGUUUUGACGUGGCUGUUGAAAGACAGCCUUGGAGGAAACUCUAAAACCAUCAUGAUUGCCACCAUUUCACCUGCUGAUGUCAAUUAUGGAGAAACCCUAAGUACCCUCCGCUAUGCAAAUAGAGCCAAAAACAUCAUCAACAAGCCUACCAUUAAUGAGGAUGCCAACGUCAAACUCAUCCGUGAGCUGCGAGCUGAAAUAGCCAGACUGAAAACCCUGCUCGCUCAAGGGAAUCAGAUUGCCCUCUUGGACUCCCCUACAGCAUUAAGUAUGGAGGAAAAACUUCACCAGAAUGAAGCAAGGGUCCAAGAAUUGACCAAGGAAUGGACAAACAAGUGGAAUGAAACCCAGAAUAUUUUGAAAGAGCAAACCCUAGCCCUCCGGAAGGAAGGCAUUGGUGUGGUUCUGGACAGUGAGCUGCCCCAUUUGAUUGGCAUUGACGAUGACCUUCUGAGCACCGGCAUCAUCCUGUAUCACUUGAAGGAAGGUCAGACUUACGUUGGCAGAGAAGAUGCUUCAACUGAGCAAGAUAUUGUGCUUCAUGGCCUUGACUUGGAGAGUGAACACUGUGUCUUUGAGAAUGCCGGGGGAACAGUGACUCUGAUACCCCUGAGCGGGUCCCAGUGCUCUGUGAAUGGCAUCCAGAUUGUGGAUGCCACACAGCUAAACCAAGGUGCUGUGAUACUCCUGGGAAGAACCAACAUGUUCCGCUUUAACCAUCCGAAGGAAGCUGCCAAGCUCAGGGAGAAGAGGAAGAGUGGCCUCCUGUCCUCCUUCAGCUUGUCGAUGACCGACCUCUCAAAGUCCUGUGAGAACCUGUCUGCUGUCAUGUUGUAUAACCCUGGUCUUUUCCCUAUAAAAGGACCCAUCUGUCUAAGACUUGAAUUUGAGAGACAGCAGCGUGAAGAACUUGAAAAACUGGAAAGUAAAAGGAAACUCAUCGAAGAGAUGGAGGAAAAGCAGAAGUCGGACAAGGCAGAGCUCGAGCGAAUGCAGCGGGAGGUGGAGACCAGGCGCAAGGAGACCGAGCUAGUGCAGCGGCAGAUCCGCAAGCAAGAGGAAAGCCUCAAGCGCCGCAGCUUCCACAUUGAAAACAAGCUCAAGGACCUGCUGGCCGAGAAGGAAAGGUUGGAGGGAGAGAGGCUCCGGGAGCAGCAGGGACUUGAGCAGCACAGGAGGCAGGAGGAAGAGAGCGUCUCCCGCAUCCAAGAGGAGCUUCGCAGGCUUCAAGAGCUUAGCAGCCAGAAGCAGGCCGAGAUGGUCCAGACAUUCCAGGAGCUGGACUGGCUGCACAGAGAACAAGGUGCCCAGAGUGCCAAGCUGCAGCUGGAGAAAAGGAGGCUGGAGGAGCAGGAGAAGGAGCAGGUGCUACAGGUGGCCCACCUGGAGGAGCAGCUGCUGGGGAGGCAGGGCACUGCUCCACUAGUGCGUCCUGGAGAGGCGCAACAGGCCCAGGACGAGAAGAGGGAGCUAGAGAUCAUCCGAGAAGCCCUACUGCAGGCCAGAGAGACCGCAGCAGGAGGGGACCAGGCCUGCAGCGAUGAACUGGAAAGGGCUCAGUUGCACUUCUUAGAGUUCAAGAGAAGGCAGCUUGUCAAGCUAGCAAACCUGGAGAAGGACUUGCUACAGCAGAGAGACCUCCUACGCAGAGAAGUCCAAGAAGAGAAAGAAGCCCUGGAGCAUGUAAGAUGUGAAACCAGUGAGGAACCUUGCUUGUCGGCAGCAGAAAAUGGCAGCAUUCUCCGUGAGGCUCAGGAUCUCGAGAAAAUAAAGACUGUAGAGUCCAGGGUGCAGAACAAAGAGUGGCAGCUAAGGGACCUUCUGCAAAAUCAUUUGCCAGCUCUGCUGGAGGAAAAGCAGAGAGCUCUUGACAUCCUUGACCAGGGCACCCUGGGCUUAGAUAACACUCUCUACCAAGUAGAGAAAGAAAUGGAAGAAAAAGAAGAGCAGAUCACACAGUUCCAGGCUAGUGCUGGACAGCUGCAGCAGCUUCUGGCGACCUUGGAGUUCACAGCAAACGUGGCCAGACAGGGAGAGAAGGCAAGAAAUAAGGAGAAGGAGAUUCUGGAAUCCCAGGAGAAGCAACAGAGAGAGGCAUUGGAGCAGGCUGUGGCCAAGCUAGAGCAGAGGUGCUCUGCCCUGAAGAGGCGCUCCGCCCUGGACCUGGAGAUCCAGGAGCAGAGGCUGAAACUCGGCUCUCGCCAGAGCAGCGAAUGUUUAGGGCUGGGGGCCAGUCUGGAGGCACUCGAGAAGGACCCUGCAAGAUUAGAAUAUGAAAUCCAUCAGCUGAAGCAGAAGAUUUGUGAGGUGGAUGGUGUUCAGAGACCUCAUCGUGGGACUUCAGAGGGGAAAGUUGCUCUUUCCAGUUUGCCGCCUAGUGCUGAAAACUCUCACCUGGUUCCACUGAUGGAUGCCAGGAUCAGUGCUUACAUUGAGGAAGAAGUCCAAAGACGCCUUCAUGAUUUGCACAGAGCAGUUGGUGACGCCAGCCAUGCAUCUGCUGAUGUGAUGAAGAGUAAUGAGGAACUUCACAAUGGCUCCACUCAACGUAAGCUAAAGUAUGAGAAAAGGCAGCCUUGCUCUUCCAUCAUCCUUAGAGAAGAGACUGAGGUGUAUUCGAGCAGCCACUGGAGCCAACCCAUCUCACGGAGCACCUCACUCCCCAGAGCUUUCUCCAUGACUUCCCAAGAGAUAAUGGUUCUGUCCUCAGGGCCUGAGGCACUGAAUAAUCUAGGUGACCAGCACUGUUACCCUGAGAGCUCUAGCCACAUUGAACCACUGCCUGAAAUCACUUUCCUUAACAGAAGUGGACAGAAUUCUCAGGGUGAAUCAGAAAAUGACAGUGAGCUGAUGACUCAUGAAGAGAAACAAAGCUGGGGAAAGGAGGCCAGCUGGACAUUGCUGCAACACAUGUCCCAGCAAGCACCAAUAAACAGAGGAUGCCAGCAAGCAACGCAAAGCAGGGUUCUGUGCUUUGUUCCCUCUGAAAGCAUUUCUCAAAAGGAGCAUCCCACUGGCGGCUCUCCUCAGAGCGCAGCAGCUCCCACACUGUGUGGUGAGCAACAAAAUGAGAAAGAGCUAGCUACGGAAAAUACUGGCUUUCUAGCUCCCCUAGUCAGUAUCCAGACAGAAGCAAAGAAGCGACUGGGAUAUUUUUACCACAAGUUCUCAGAGUUGUAUAAAGGCACCAGUGGCCACCUGAGGCAGGCUGGGACAAAGGUGAUGAGCCAAGCCAAGCAUGUUGGGAGUAUGUGUGACCCUGGUGGGCUGGCCUCCCACAUGACAACCUUCAUCAGAGGCCAGCCAUUAUGGGGGCACUUAUCCCUGCCCCUGCCCUUGAGGUCACUCGUGGUGCCAUCAGGCCCUCCUCUUCUUCCUGAAACUCAGAGUGGCAGCUUCAGCAGUGAAGAUGGAGGGAGCCCAAUGUCAGCCAAGAACAAGGAACCUUUCACAGAUGUGACCUUCACAUCUACAGGCUCACCAAGUUCCUGGCCAAGUUCAGUUUUCCGUCUUGAUGAUGAAGAUGCCGGGAAGAUCAUUGCAUUUAAGCAGACCCUUAUAUCAUUCCCAGAGCAAAUGUUGAAGCUUCAAGAGUGCACUCUCACAGACCUCCUUGAGCAUGCAAUGUGUUCCCUGCCAGAGCCUGUGCAUAUAGUGAAGGCAGUUAAAAGUAUUUACUGGCUUGCAGUUGCUAACUGCACCCAUCCUGACCCUCAGGCUGCAUGUUUGUUCCUGCUGCCUUCAUCUCUGUAUGCUCUUGUUCUGUUAGAUAACUGCCCAGGCCCCAUGAGCAUUUUUCAUGUUCUCCCUCUCUCUGCGCUGCAGGAGAUUCAGGUCGGCUUUGGUGGACAGAGCAUUCGAUUACUGGGCUCCACACAGGACCACUUGCUUACUGUGCUCACUUAUAACAAAAGCCUGUCUCAGCAGCUCUGCCAGGACCUCCUGGGUGUGCUGAUGGCUGGGUAUGAAGCUGCCACCUACGCAAGCCACCCUUUGCUUCAGCAGGAUCUGGUUCAGCUCUCUCUUGACUUGAAAGCUGAAAUCCCUGCUUUAGCUUUGGCAAAUGGAGUUCAGUUGUCUUCCAAUUUCCAGACAACCUUGGUAGAUAUGGUUUACUUUCUUCAUGGAAAUAUGGAGGCCAGCGUCCCUUCUCUGGCUGAAGUUCAGUUACUGCUGUACACCACAGUCAAACUGGAGAAUGAGGCCAGUUGUGCCCCCUGUGAAUCAUUCGUCCUUCUGAAUACGCAUAUGGCACUCUUGAGGGAGGAUCACGUGUUUUUCCCCCACACUGGCUCUCUAGACAUACUUCCUCCACGUGGGCAGUUUGAAUUGAUCACAUGCAAAGCUCUGAGUGAAUUCAGAUGUGUCAUUGUUCCAGAGAAGGACAAAGUGUCGACGUUAGAGCUGGUCUUCGUAAGGAAACACGGGCUUCCCUUAAACACAGGAAGUGGUCUACCUGAACAGCGUCAAGUUGCCUCAGGUGCCCGGAUGCUCACCCCAUUGUGUCUUCAGGCUGGGCAGAACCAGGCACUUGAUGUCUGGAAACUCACUUUCAAUUCUCAGGAUGAGGCUCUUUGGCUGAUCUCAUACUUAACAAGCUUCUAGGGAGAAGACUUUUAAAUACACAGAGCAUUUUCUCUUAGACCUUUAAUAAAAUGAACCUUAUGAAAACCAUCAAAAAUAUGAUUAUCUCACUGUAGUUAAUCUAAUGGGAAUGAAGUAGGACUUUAAAAUUGAAAGUGUAAAUAUUUUGAGUAAAGCAAAGUGAAAAUAGCUGAUAGCAGAGAACUGGAAAAAUAUCUGUAUUGCCACCUGCUUCAUUGUCUUGAAACUCAGAUUGUAAAUUUGGAUCUACCCAAUUAUUGGUGAAGUGAUUAAAGCAUUCUGACUGCUUGG